CGACGCACGUUUGUUUAUCAGUUUAGCAGAUUCUCGUCUCGUUUAUUUCACACAACGUGUAGAAGUUUCGAGGAAAACACACGAAGUUAUAAUACACUGAUCCGAUUUGUUCACUUCUCGAGCUGCACUGCACUUCUGGUCAGCAGCGACAUCACAACCGAUUGUUUGCGCGUGUGUUGUGUUACAGUGAGUUAAACCCGGAUUAAAGCGUCUCAAACUGGUGACAGGGGUUUUGGGGAGAUGUCGUCUUUCUCAGAGUCUGCUCUGGAGAAGAAACUCUCAGAGUUGAGUAACUCACAGCAGAGCGUUCAGACUCUCUCGCUGUGGAUCAUUCAUCAUCGAAAACACUCAUCGCUUAUAGUUCGAGUCUGGCACAGAGAGUUAAAGAAAGCCAAGACCAGCAGGAAGUUGACGUUUCUGUAUUUGGCUAAUGAUGUGAUUCAGAACAGUAAGAAAAAAGGCCCGGAGUUCACCAAAGACUUCGAAGGCGUCUUGGUUGAUGCCUGUUCACAUGUGGCAAGGGAUGGGGAUGAUGGUUGUAAAAAAUCCAUGGAAAGGCUUCUGAAUAUCUGGCAGGAGCGAAACCUCUAUCGCGCUGACUUCAUACAGCAGCUCAAACUGGCCAUCGAGGACUCAGACAGUCCUAAACACAAAACUCCAGAUGAGAGGAAAAGCUUAAAGAGAAGCUAUCAGAAGGUCCAGGUCCAGGAGGAAGAGGAGGAGGAAGAUGAUGAUUACAGGGGUCAUUACUCCCCUCGAGAGACAGAUGCAGCUGCACCACAACUGACGGAGGAACUGGUGAAAGCUCUUCAGGAUCUUGAGAACGCUGCGUCCGGUGAUGCAGCCGUGAGACAGAAGAUCGCCUCACUACCACAGGAAGUGCAAGAUGUUUCUUUACUCGAGAAGAUUACAGAUAAACAGGGCGCAGAUAAACUUUCAAAGACGGUGGAUGAAGCGUGUCUGCUGCUGGCCGAAUAUAAUGGACGACUGGCAGCUGAGUUGGAAGAUAGACGGCAGCUCGCUCGUAUGCUGACAGAAUACAUUCAAAGUCAGAAAGACGCGCUGACCGAGAGAGAGAAGAAACUGGAUGAAUACAAGCAGAAACUUGCUCGAGUCACACAAGUGCGAAAGGAACUCAAAUCUCACAUCCAAAGUCUUCCAGAUUUGUCUCUCUUACCGAAUGUAACCGGUGGUCUCGCUCCUCUCCCGUCUGCUGGAGAUCUUUUUUCCACUGACUGAACAUCUGACAAACCUUCCCACCACCCGGUCCUUUAUGACUCAAAGUCCUUAUAAGAUCAGAGACUAUAGAAAUAAACCGCUUCAAAACAACCAGGAGUGAAGACAGAUUCUGAUCCCACCAGCUAAACUCUCGCCAUCAUUUGUCUUUUCAUUUGGUUCCAAUGCGAAACAUUAAUGCGAUCAAACUCAUCAGUCAAUUUGAAUGAAAUCUGAUUCAACGUUUGAAAGUUUUGCUUUGAGUGAAGAAAGAAACAUCCUUUGCUUUGUGUUAUACUGGUAGAUAUUUAGUUUUUAUUGCUUUAAUGAAUCAUUUUGUGUUUGUGAUUGGAAGAGACUGAAUGUGAGAAUUAAAUUUUAAACAAAAUCACUG